AGUGCCCGUGUGUAGAGCGAAAAGCGUGGCGGGGGGUACAUCACACUCUCUGAAGCACAAGCAGAGAGCGGAGCACCUUGUCCACUCUUGUGAGACGACUAAAGUUAAAGACGAGCCGCCAUCCUCCUGAGAACCAUCAUCGUUGAACAAAGUGGACCAGUCUGCACUUGUUGUGAUCAUUUGUUGCUGUCUGGCUUCUGUCUACAUUGUUCGAACUCUCUCCUGGUGACCCAAAGCGCUGACGGAUCCGUUCAAUGAUGACAGAUGGACUGGCUCACACCUGAGAUGUGAAGUGUGUUAUGUGAGCCAAGGUGUUUUCCCACCUCACUGGUGGUGGGGAGAGAUGCUGCACUCCGUUGCCAUGACAGCAGAGGUUCUCUUUGUUCUCUGGUUCCUGAUGAGUGGUGUUGGGAGUAAUCCUAUAACGACCUUACCAGUUAGCCGUGAACGUCUGGAAAGGGUGUUAACCCAGGCCAGAGAGGACAAAGCGGUCCCCAAGCUGCUACAGCCUGAGGACAACGAAACUUUAGGCCUGAACAGGACUGGCACGAGCCGCGCCAGGUCUAACCUCAGCGCCUAUAGCCGAGGAUCUAAGGGUGGGAAGUCCCAAGAGCUUUGGACUGAGCAAGACAACAUUAAACAAAUAGAUGUGGGCCCCACAAGUGACAUCACCCUGUCUUUGGAAGCCAUUGACGAAUAUGCCUACCCAGACUACAGGGGUAAAGGCUGCAUGGAUGAGAGCGGUUUUGUAUUCGCAAUCGGUGAUCAGUUCACCCCAGGCCCGUCCACAUGCCCUUGCCUCUGUACAGAUGAAGGUCCACUAUGCAACAAGCCAGAUUGUCCCAGGUUGCACCCUCGCUGCAUUAAAGUGGACACAAGUCAAUGCUGCCCGCUGUGCAGGGAGAAAAAGAACUACUGCGAAUUUCGGGGAAAGAUCUACGCCUCUCUAGAGGAGUUUAAGGUCUCCCCAUGUGAAAAAUGUCGAUGUGAGCCAAGUGGAGAGGUGUUGUGUUCUGUUUCGGCAUGCCCUCAAACAGAAUGUGUGGACCCGGAAUAUGAGCCGGAUCAGUGCUGUCCAAUCUGCAAGAGUGGACCCAACUGCUACGCAGACACAACAGUGAUACCGGCUGGACGAGAGGUGAAAAUUGAUGAGUGUACCAUCUGCUACUGCACAUACGAAGAGGGCACCUGGCAGAUCGAACGCCAGGCCACCUGCAGUAAGAACGAAUGCCAGCGCGGUUAGAGACUGGCACGGCGAUAGGAACGUUGGCACGCAAAACACCAGCGCCCGUCCAUGUGAACACUUGGCCUUUCACCCAGACUUCCGGACAUCAGGGUCAGCCGGCUCAGCGUUUGGAGUCUGUACGAAGCAAAGGCUUUUAUGAAGAUUUAUAAUCCACGCAUAGAAUAUUUAUUUAUCUAUGUAUUAUUUAUGAAUAUAUACAAAUACUGUCUGGAUGUCAUUAUGCUGAAGUAGUUACACAUAUUUUUAUAGCCUCUGUCUUUUAAUAAUCAGCCUCGAUGACUGCGAAGUGAAUGUAUAGAACACACAAGGCUGUCUUCGGAGGCUGAAACCUUGACGUCUUCAUAAUUCUGACCAAUCCUGACACCUGUUCCUUAACAGUUCAGAGGAGCAGCUGUCUCCGUCUGAGGUAACAUGCCAGGUUUGCUGUUCAAGGUGAUUGAGUACGGAGUUAAAAGUGGAAUUAAAGCUGACUUGACUGUUUCUGACUUGUACUACGUUCUUUAGUCCGUUUGGAUGUUUCAAAUGUGCUUUGAUUUUAAAAGUGCUUUUUUUGUAUCUUGGUGCUGUAUGUUCCUGUUUCAAAUAAACAGCAGUCUGUGGCUCUGC